ACAUUUUGUUACGUCAAGGGUGGGGUUCUGAAGCAGACUGGCGCGGACACAUACUCAGUCUACUAUUCUGUGUUAGUUCAUACUCCACACAUUCGAUCGAAGUUUUUGUGGUUAUUUUAUCGUUAAUUUCUCUCUUAUAUAAUUUUGGAAGAGAUGGAAGAAAACAGCUCAACAGUAAGGAGAUGGGAGGAUAUGGAAAUUGAUGUCCUGGUGAGGAUAUUCAAGUCGUUCAACAUUAUUGAGUUGACUGCAGGGAUCUCUCGAGUCUGCAGCUCAUGGCGCUUGGCUUGUUGUGAUCCUGUCCUUUGGAGGACCCUUGAUCUUCGUAUGCUACAAUCACACUUCAUCCAGAUUCCAUCGGCACCAUAUGUUUGGGUGGGUGAGAAGUCUGAUCAAACAUUCAUGAGAGUUUUGAAGAUUGCUUUGGGUCUUAGCCGCGGAAGUGUAACUGUCUUAAUGUUUCACUUCAAUACUUACCCAAAUGACAGUCAGUUGAUCUAUGCUGCCGAAAGGUGUCCACGGCUCAAACGGCUUGUCUUACCAGCUUGGAAUAGAAUUACCAAAGUCGCUAUCUGCAAAGCAGUUAACCAGUGGGAAGAGCUCGAAUCUUUGACGAUGCCGACGAUUGCAAAUCCUCCUUACAUUAUGGAGGCAAUUGGUGCUAACUGCAAAAACUUCAGCCAACUCAAGGUUAUGGGUCCCUGCAAUAUUCUUUUUGCGUCAAGUAUAGUAACUUUUCUCCCAAAGCUAAGGGUAUUGAGCCUUCGAUGUGUGAAGUUGCAUAAAGAAGCAUUGGUGCAUCUCUUGGACUCCCUGGAACACUUGGAGGUACUCAACAUUUCUCACUGUCUUUUAGUAGAAGCUCCUCCAUCACCUGCCUCAGUAAAAGUUUUCAGGGAGCUCGACGAUUCAAUCCUUGAAAAGGCUUCACGUUUGCGAGAAUUCUUAACUUGCCAGGAUAACUCGUGCACCCUUUGCGCCAGAACAAUUAAGGAUGAUGGUAUGUUAAGGUGGUAUAAGUAUGAGGAAGGGUUGUGGUGUACUGAUGAGGUAAGCUCCUUUGCUCUCUGAUAUGUGCCUUGAGAUUCGGGAGGGGCAUAGAUCUGGACCAGUAUGCUGAGUAGAGUAGAUUAUUCCAGUAUUCGCGAAUCUUAUUCAGCCUCUUAGGGUGAGGGUAUGGACAGCUUUCUCUUCUGCCUGAUGGGAAAUCAGGGGAGAAAGCGCAUCUGAAUGAGAAAUAGAUGAUCCCAUUAGUAGUAUAAUAAUAAUAAAUAUGAUUAACCUUUUUUUCUAUGUUUGUUGCCUAUGGAUAGAAUUUGUAUCCUGUUCCUGAACUUCUUGAAGAAGCAGAUAUAAUUGCUAGGUUUAAUUCCG